AUGGCUGACAAAACCUCUCUCGGAUCCUCCGACGAGGACACCCUCCCGAUGAGGUUAGAUGAACCUGUGUUGGUCAUGGAUAAAACUCUUUCACAGGCCAAAAUGCUAGGUAUCAUUCAGGAACAGGCCUUAGAACUAAGGAGGCUGAAGGCUGAAAUCAACGCUCUCGGUGACCAGGUCGCCAAACUCAACGUCCUCAUGUUAAACUCCCCAGUUCACUUGGUGGCAGACCAAGCGAUCAAAGUCUCCGAGCAGCAAAUAGUAGAUACAGCAAGAAUGUUACAGGCAGACGCAACUGCUUCGAAAAGGGUUAUAUUCCAGGGACAUUCCCCGAGCUCUUUAGCCACUCAGAAAAUGGCGAAGGUAAUCUAUAAACAUAUGGAUACGACAGUUUUCAAGCCCGACAAAUGCUCGUGGCUUAUUCCAAAGAAAAGAAAAUCUCCCCACGGCCUCGAAGCAGAUAUGGGCUCUCCUUCUACAGCCCGUAAGCUCAGCACGUUUGCUCCAUUCCUGAAACGAUCCUGA